UCUGCAUGCUCAACGACCUCUACACGUGCUUCGACGCCAUCGUGGAGAACUUUGACGUCUACAAGAUUGAGACGAUUGGUGACGCGUAUUUCGUCGUGAGUGGUCUGCCCUUGAGAAACGACGACCUGCACGCGGGCGAGAUAGCGUCUAUGUCACUGCGCAUGCUCCAGGAAAUAAAACGCUUCAAGAUACGUCACAGACCUAACGACACACUCAAGUUGCGGAUUGGUUUGCAUUCGGGUCCUUGCGUGGCCGGAGUGGUGGGUUUGAAGAUGCCGCGCUACACGCUGUUCGGGGACACGGUCAACACAGCGUCCCGCAUGGAGUCCACGGGAGUCCCCCUGAAGAUCCACUGCAGUGAGACUAUCACGUGUCUGCUAAGAAAGCUGGGAGGCUACCAACUUACUGAGCGAGGCCUCGUCAAUGCCAAGGGUAAAGGCGAAAUGCUGACCUAUUUCCUUGAGGGUGAGGAUGAAUCUCACCGACAGAGGCGCAUCUCUCACAGCCGCCUGUGCGGUAAAAUCACGCCCAAAUGUGACCUCGAUCCAGCGGGCGAGAUCUUUGGCGCGCCUAUCAUCCAUCCACGAUACUGGACCAAUGGAUUCACUAACAGCUCAUGUGACCGCUCCCCGGUGUUCCCAAACUACAAUCCCAACAUUCCACUAAAAGAGAACUGUGAUAGCCCCGAGGACAAUGUGUUUGACAAAGCUUUCAAUGCGCAUGAUGCUCCUUCUCAGAAAGGUAUGCAGCAGAGCGGUUCCACGCAGCAUCCUCAUGCUCUCAACUCAACAUGCAACUCGAAACUUCAGGAUCUGACGACCGGCAACCAGCCGGCCAAACGCCCGACCAGACAUGGGAGACAAAUAUCGGAUUCGGUCGACGGUCGACCAACUUCAGAAUCCUUGAAUAAAAUAACGCUGGGACUGCUGCAUAGAAAUGAAUCAUUCCCGUCGUACAUGAUUGCAGAGGACAGCGUCUGACAGAGAGGCGACCAUCCCGACACAAUGUUUCUUCAACCCUGUCACAUCCGUAGUUGCACUAUGGGACUCGUGACGAUUAUAACACCACCUCAUAAUGCUAAUCGUUACAGAAGCUCAUUUAACUAGCACAUGUUUGUCUGUGAUGAAAAUAAUCGCUUUAAAAACAUUCACGACUCGGAGCCGGCAUCCACGAGUCCUCUAGUAAAAUUUCCUGAAACCGAGGUGCGACAGUGGAACAGAAACUAUGACGUCAAAUUGCAAUAUGCAGUUUGAUGUUGAACGCAGCCUUAGUAUCUUUGUUAGCAGCAUUUGUAAAUGUCUUAGGUAGUUGUACACAGAUCAUUUUUUUGGUGUUUGCGUAAUUGUUUGUGUUACGUUUAUUAAAGAGUCAUUAAAUUAAUACUAUGCUUACAUAAGACCCUUGUGUUCGGCCGUUUUGUUAGAUGUGUUAGAAUUGAUUAUGUCAACGACAUUCAUUGUAGGCUACAUUUUUCUCGUGAACAGAAAACCCUAAGAAUAUGUACGAUGACGACAUAAACAUAUUGGCUCUUCACUAAUGUCACGCAAAGUCCUGUAUUGCUCAUUAACUUUAGUUUUGAUUUGUGGUGAUUAUAUAACAAUCUUUUUGCCAAAUGAGGUAACUCAGACGUGGAAUAUUGGUUAGCUUUGAUGCAUUUUGCACUGUUUUAUAGCUCGUAUAUGCGCUACAAUAUUACACUAUUUUCAUAAUGUUUGUACUCGUAAUUAAUAACAUGAUCAGUGCAUGGACAGGUAAUGUUAAGUUUUCGUUAAAUGACAGUUGUGUUUUGUUUUCUGUUUAAUCUGUGAUAAUUACCCGAUGAUCCAUUUUAAAAUCUUCGACAGUCCUUAUAUUGACUCAUUGCUUUGUAUAUAGAUGGUUGUUGCAUUAUAUUGUGAUUUAUCAUCUUUGUAGUUCAACGCUACGAUUGUGAUUCAAUCUUGUUUAAUAGUAAUUGAAAAAAAGUUUGUUUUGUGAACUAUUCUCUAUUGUCUUCCCUCCAAAAAAUACAAGGAUGGUCUGAUCAUAGAAAUCAACCUGGAAGACUUACGGCAAGCGUUACUGAAUACACACGUAUCUUUAAAAACUGUGUAUAAGGAACACUUGAAGGCGCAUGCACGUAUAAAAAUGCAAAUAUUUGUUUGCAUUGAUUUUAAUUGAAUUCUAUUGAAUAUUGGAAUUUGUAUAACGGACGCUAAGCUGCCUAUUUCAUCCAAAAAACUUGCGUGUACUGCUUUAUGCAGUCCUGACAAGCACACUCAAAAAACAAAUACUGGAUUAAAAAAGAGGUUCGUUGCGUUUAUAGACCUUCAUAUUAGUUGCAAAUAAUAACGCGUCCUCUGUAUUUAAAGACCGGAGAAGCAGUAUA